GGCCAUGGCGCGGUGCUGAGCCCCGCGGGGCCCCGACGGACCAUGAACCUGGUGGGGGGCUACCAGCACCACCACCACCACCACCACCAUCACAUGCUGCACGAGCCCUUCCUCUUCGGGCCGGCGGCUCGCUGCCACCAGGAGCGCGCUUAUUUCCCCGGCUGGGUGCUGAACCCUGCCGAGGUGACCCCGGAGCUCCACGGGCAGAGCACCGCGUACGGCCCCGCCGAGUUCGGAUCCGGUGGAGCGGGCAGGCUGGAAGCGCUCAGCGGUCGUCUGGGGAGAAGGAAAGGGGUCGGGGGUCCCAAAAAGGAGAGGAGGAGAACGGAGAGCAUCAACAGCGCUUUCGCUGAGCUCCGCGAGUGCAUCCCCAACGUGCCCGCCGACACCAAGCUGUCCAAGAUCAAGACGCUGCGCCUGGCCACCAGCUACAUCGCCUACCUGAUGGAGGUGCUGGCCAGGGACAGCCAGCCCGGAGAGCCGGAGGGCUUCAAGGCCGAGCUCAAGAAGGCCGACGGCCGAGAGAACAAGAGGAAACGGGAGACGCAGCCCGAGGUGUACUCGCAGCCUUUGGCUCACGGCGAGAAGAAGCUGAAGGGCCGCACCGGUUGGCCCCAGCAGGUCUGGGCUCUGGAACUGAACCCCUGAGCCCCGCUCCAUGUGCAAUGCCGUCGGGGAGGAGC